CUCCUGGUUUCCCAGACGUCGCGGCGGCAGCGCCACGACCAGCAGCCAGAGGCUCGUCCGACGCCGGGCUCUCCCGUGGCGAAGGGACUCUUAGCCACCCAGUACCAGCGCGGUCUGUUCCAGGAGGUCUUCCCGCCUCAGCCCGCCGAUGAGCAACUCAUCGAGCUCCUCCAGCCCGGCCGCCCUCCCGUGACGGCUUACUGCGGCUUCGACCCCACGGCCGACUCGUUGCACGUCGGGCACCUACUGGCGGUGCUGGGUUUGCUGCACUUCCAGCGGGCUGGCCACCAAGUCAUCGCCCUGGUGGGAGGAGCCACGGCGCAGCUGGGCGACCCCAGCGGCCGCACCAAAGCGCGGGAGGCCAUGACGGCCGAACAGGUGCGGGAGCGCGCGGGGGGCCUCCGCGAGGGGCUCCAACGGCUCUUCCAGAACCACCGGGAGCUCUUCUGGCCCGAGGAGCAGGGCGACCGCCUGGGUAGCGUCCAUUUCCUGGACAACGCCAGCUGGCUGGAGAGCGAGACGGUCCUCAGCUUCCUGGCCGGAGUCGGGGGUCACCUGCGGAUGGGCACCUUGCUGAGCCGGCAGAGUUGCAAGGCUCGCUUGAGCAGCCCCGAAGGCAUGGGCUUGGCCGAGUUUCUCUACCCGGCCCUUCAAGCUUACGACUUCCUGCAUUUGUACCGUCGCUACGGCUGCCUCGUUCAGCUGGGCGGAGCCGACCAGUUGGGCAAUAUCAUGUCUGGCUACGACCUCGUCUCUAAAGUAACUGACAAAGAUGUAUAUGGAAUAACUGUGCCUCUUAUUACAAGUACUACUGGAGAUAAGCUGGGAAAAUCAUCUGGGAAUGCAGUUUGGCUUAACAGAAAUAGAACUUCUCCUUUUGAACUGUAUCAGUUCUUUGUCAGACAGCCAGAUGCCACUGUUGAAAGGUAUUUGAAGCUUUUUACUUUCCUUUCUGGUUUGGAAAUUGAUCAUAUCAUGCAAGUGCAUGCUAAAGAACGUGAGAAACGGGGACCUCAGAAGAGGCUUGCUGCUGAAGUAACUAAGCUUGUUCAUGGCAGGAAUGGUCUGGAAUCUGCCAAGAGAUGUACAAGGGCCAUUUAUCACAGCAAUGUGGAUGCAUUAGAAAGUAUGUCUGACAAAGAGCUACAGGAGCUCUUUAGAGAAGCACCUUACAUAGAGAUGCUACUUGAACCUGGAACAACAGUACUUGAUUUGUGUCGAAAAGCUAAUGCAAUUGCAGAUGGACCAAAGGGAUACCGUGACAUAACAGUUGGUGCAGUUUCUAUAAACCAUAUUACAGAAACUAAUCCUGAAGCUGUACUUAUUCUUGGACAACAUAUUCUCAGUAAUGGCUUAUCACUAUUGAGGAUUGGAAAGAAGAACUAUUAUAUUGUAAAAUGGCUUCAGUUGUCACAUGAAGAGUGACAUU